AUGCUAAUAACGGCUUGAGGAGCGCAGCGUCGCGUUUCUCGCUGACAGUCAGCGGUGGCUUCCAUCGAGUGAGGCUCUUUCGCAGCCAUGGCCGAGGGCGGGGAAGGGGAGGACGAGAUCCAGUUCUUGAGAACUGAUGACGAGGUGGUUCUUCAGAGCGUGGCCACCAUUCAAAAGGAGCAUCGCAAGUUUUGCCUGGCCGCCGAGGGACUUGGGAACCGCCUAUGUUAUCUGGAACCCACCUCUGAAGCUAAGUCUGUUCCUCCGGAUCUGUGCAUUUGUAACUUUGUGCUGGAGCAGUCGCUGUCGGUGCGAGCCCUGCAGGAGAUGCUGGCGAACACCGGACAAAGCAGCGAGGGGGCGGGUCAAGGAGGCGGACAUCGGACCUUGCUCUAUGGCCACGCCAUCCUCCUGCGCCACUCCUUCAGUGGCAUGUACCUGACCUGUUUGAAGACAUCACGUUCUCUGACAGACAAGUUGUCAUUCGAUGUGGGACUACAACAAGAAUCCAUAGGAGAGGCCUGUUGGUGGACCAUCCACCCGGCCUCCAAGCAGAGAUCCGAAGGAGAGAAAGUCCGCAUCGGAGACGACCUGAUUCUUGUCAGCGUGUCAACAGAAAGAUACUUGCACCUCUCCAUCUCUAAUAGCAACAUCCAGGUGGAUGCAUCCUUCAUGCAAACCCUGUGGAACGUCCAACCCACCUGCUCCUCAAGCAACAUGGCUGUCGGGUAUUUGGUUGGUGGUCAUGUGAUGCGUCUUUGUCGUGGCCACGAUGAGAACUUGACCAUCCCUGGAGCAGAAAGGAGCGAAGAGGAGCAGAGGAUAGUCAACUAUGAGGCAGGUAAGGGAGCGUCAAAAGCACGUUCCCUGUGGCGACUGGAGCCCUUGAGGAUCAGCUGGAGCGGAAGCCACAUUCGCUGGGGUCAGGCCUUCCGACUACGUCACCUCUCCACCGGCCAUUAUCUGGCACUGACUGAGGACCGGGGCCUAGUCCUGCAGGACAGGGAGAGGUCCGACAUCACGGUCACCUCCUUUUGCUUCAGGCCUUCCAAGGAAAAAAGCGAAUCGGGUCUAAAGAGAGACAUCGAGGGCAUGGGUGUACCUGAGAUCAAAUAUGGCGAUUCGGUCUGCUUCAUCAUGCACGUGGCAACCGGAUUGUGGCUGUCCUAUCAAGCGCCUGAUGCCAAAUCAUCUCGUCUUGGACCUGUGAAAAGAAGGGCCUGCCUGCAUUCUGAGGGCCACAUGGACGACGGCUUGACUCUGCAGCGCUGUCAGCACGAAGAGUCUCAAGCUGCUCGCAACAUCCGCAAUACGACGUUCCUCUUCAACAACUUCAUCAAGGCUUUAGACAGCACCACGGCGGGCGAGUCAAAGGAGAUGGCCGGCUAUGUGGAGGCGGUGCUACAGACGCUGAAUGACCUGAUAAAGUACUUCAAGCAGCCCGACUCGGAGCUGGAACACGAGGAGAAGCAAUGUCUCCUGCGUUCGCUCAUCAAACGUCAGGACCUCUUCAAAGAGGAGGGCAUGCUGGCCCUCCUGUCAAAAUGCAUCGACCGGAUGAACCUGUUCAACAGUGCCGCCCACUUUGGGGAGAUGGCUGGGGAGGAGGCGGGGGCAGCGUGGAAGGACAUCCUCAACCUCCUCUACGAGCUGCUGGCCGCACUAAUUCGUGGAAACAGAAACAACUGCACCCAGUUUUCUCGGAACUUGGACUGGUUGGUCAGCAAACUGGAAAGACUCGAGUCAUCGUCAGGCAUCCUGGAAGUUCUACACUGUGUCCUCAUUGAAAGUCCAGAGGCCUUGAACAUCAUCCAGAGAGGACACAUCAAAUCUAUCAUCUCUCUGCUGUACAAACACGGACGCAACCACAAGAUUCUGGACGUCCUGUGCUCCCUUUGCGUAUGUAACGGUGGCGCUGUGAGAACCAAUCAAAAUCUGAUAUGUGACAACCUGCUUCCCAAAAGGGACCUGCUUCUUCAAACCCGACUAGUCAAUGAUGUUCAAAGCAUGAGGCCCAACAUCUUUUUGGGUGUGGCCGAAGGCUCGGCCCAAUACAAAAAGUGGUAUUUUGAGCUGGUGAUCGAUCAGGUGGACCACUUUGUCACGGGUGACGCCACUCACCUGAGGGUGGGCUGGGCUAACACAAAAGGCUACGCCCCGUAUCCUGGUGGAGGCGAGGGAUGGGGAGGCAAUGGCGUGGGCGACGAUCUCUACUCUUACAGCUUUGAUGGUCUUCACCUGUGGUCAGGUCGCAUCCCACGGGCAGUGGCGUCCAUUAACCAGCACCUGCUGACCUCAGAUGACGUGGUCAGCUGCUGUCUGGACUUAGGCUCCCCCAGCAUGUCCUUCCGGAUCAACGGUCAGCCCGUGCAGGGCAUGUUUGAAGACUUUAACACGGAUGGAUUCUUCUUCCCUGUUAUCAGCUUCUCUGCUGGUGUCAAGGUGCGUUUUUUGUUGGGUGGACGCCAUGGAGAUUUCAAAUUCCUGCCCCCCGCUGGGUACUCUCCGUGUUAUGAGGCGCUGCUGCCCAAGGAGAAGAUGUACGUGGAGCCUGUGAAGGAGUACAAGAGGGAUCACGAAGGGGUCCGAGACCUGUUAGGAACGACCCAGUUUCUCUCCCAGGCCUCCUUCAUCCCAACUCCGGUUGACACCAGCCAGGUUGUUCUUCCGCCUCACAUGGACAACAUUCGGGACAAGCUGGCAGAAAACAUUCACGAACUGUGGGGGAUGAACAAGAUCGAGCUCGGAUGGGCGUAUGGAAAGGUUCGGGAUGACAACAAGAGGCAGCACCCGUGCCUUGUUGAUUUUCCCAAGCUGCCUGAAACAGAAAGGAACUACAACCUGCAGAUGUCCAGUGAAACACUUAAGACCCUCGUGGCUCUUGGGUGUCAUGUCGCCCAGGUCAAUAUUCAUGCAGAGGAUGAUCUGAAGAAAAUCAAACUUCCCAAAGACUACAUGAUGUCCAAUGGUUAUAAGCCUUCCCCUCUGGACCUUUCUGAUGUGAAGCUGACUGUAGGUCAGGAGGUUCUGGUUGAUAAGCUAGCGGAGAAUGCACACAACGUGUGGGCCAAAGACAGAAUUAAACAAGGAUGGACCUACGGAAUCCAGCAGGAUUUAAAAAGCAGGCGUAAUCCUCGGUUGGUGCCAUAUGCUUUACUUGAUGAGCGCACGAAGAAAUCCAAUCGAGAUAGUUUAAGGGAGGCCAUCAGGACCAUGGUUGGCUAUGGGUAUGAAAUCGACCCUCCAGACCAGGAGGCUGUCCACGUGACGGACAAUCAGAGCGUUGAGACUCUCCGAUUCUUCCGCGUGGAGCAAAUUUACGCGGUGAAAACAGGGAAGUGGUACUUUGAGUUUGACACCCUGACCGGGGGCGAUAUGAAGGUUGGCUGGGCCAGGCCAGGCUGCAGACCUGAUGUGGAACUUGGAACAGAUGACCAGGCCUUUGUCUUUGAUGGAUACAGGGCUCGACGCUUACACGCCGGAAGCCGCUACUUCGGGCAUCCGUGGAAAAAAGGAGACGUAGUGGGAUGCAUGAUCAACAUGGAGGACAAAUCGAUUAUUUUUACCCUGAAUGGCGAGCUCCUGAUUACCAACAAAGGCUCCGAGCUUUGCUUCACUGACUUUGACACGGAAGACGGUUUUAUCCCAGUGUGUAGCGUGGGCAUGUCUCAGAUCGGACGCAUGAAUCUUGGGAAGGACGCCAGCACCUUCAAAUAUUACACCAUGUGUGGCCUUCAAGAAGGCUUUGAGCCCUUCGCUGUCAACAUGAACCGAGAAAUCACGAUGUGGUUCAGCAAACGCCUGCCCACUUUUGUCAAUGUGCCCCCGGAUCACAGAGAUAUUGAGGUGACGAGGAUUGACGGGACGGUGGACAGCCCUCCCUGCCUUAAAGUCACCCACAAGACAUUUGGCACCCAGAACAGUAACAACGACAUGAUCUACUGCCGACUGAGCAUGCCCGUGGAGUUGUUCUCUGCAGACGUGCUACUUGAGGAAACAUCGAAACUCAGCCAUCCUCCAAAAGAAUCCGGGGUUACAGACUACGGGAGCAUCACAACAUACUACCACUCGGUGCGAGUGUUUGCCGGACAGGACCCUGCGUUGGUGUGGGUGGGCUGGGUCACGCCGGACUAUCAUUACUACUCAAAGAACUUCAACCUCAACAAGACCAGAACAGUCACCGUCACCUUGGGAGACGAGAGGGGCCGAGUCCAUGAGAGUGUCCAGAGAAGUAACUGCUAUAUGGUGUGCGGGGCGGAUGCAGUCAGCCCCUCUUCAUCCAGCCGCUCCAACUCUGACGUGGAGAUUGGCUGUCUGAUGGACCUGGCUACCGGCCUCGUCUCCUUCACUGCUAACGGCAAGGAGCUGUCUACCACUUAUCAGGUGGAGACAAACACUAAGCUAUUCCCUGCCGUGUUUGUCCGGCCCACCUGUGCAAACCUCUUUCAGUUUGAAUUUGUCAAGAUUAAGGAUGCCAUGCCAAUCUCUUCAGCUAUGUUUAAGAGCGAGCACAGGAACCCGGUGCCUCAAUGCCCGCCGCGACUGGACGUGCAGACCAUUUCGGCGGUGCUGUGGAGCCGCAUGCCAAACACCUUCCUCAGCGUGGAGACGGCUCGAGUCAGCGAGAGACACGGAUGGGUUGUUCAGUGCUUGGAACCUCUGCAGAUAAUGGCUGUGCAUAUACCUGAGGAAAAUAGGUGUUUGGACAUCUUGGAGUUAUCCGAAUAUGAAGAUUUAAGGAAGUUCCAUUAUCACACGCUCAAGUUGUACUGUGCCCUCUGUGCCCUUGGUAACACCCGUGUAGCUCACGCUCUCUGCAGCCACUUGGACCAAUCUCAGCUCCUCUACACCAUCGACAAUCAGUAUCUCUCCGGCAUGUUGAGGGAAGGCUUCUACAAUGUCCUCAUCAGCAUUCAUCUCGAAACGGCAAAAGAGGCUCGCCUAAUGAUGAACAAUGAGUUCAUCAUCCCUGUGACGGAUGAGACCCGCUCAAUCAAGCUGUUCCCCGAUGAGAGCAAAAAGCACUCGCUACCCGGCGUGAGCUUGAGCACGUCCCUGAAGCCCCGCGUCAAUUUCUCUCCCACCGGGAUCGUCUGCACCAAGCGCCAGCAGUAUCUCCACAGUCCUCAGAUACCCCUGGGCAUCUUAAAAGAGAAGGCCAUCAGUAUGCUUACUGAGGCCGUGCAGGGCGGUGGCAUCCAUAUAAGGGACCCGGUGGGCGGGAGCGUGGAGUACCAGUUUGUGCCCAUCCUCAAGCUAAUCGGAACCUUGUUAAUCAUGGGUGUCUUAAAUAGCGAGGAGGUGAGAUUGAUUCUCCUCUUGAUUGAUCCCAACGUGUUUGGGGAGGGUGAGGAGGCAAAGGUGGAUGAAGUGGCUGUUACCGGAGAGAAUGUGAGCAAGAGUGAGGAGAAGGCCACGGAGGGGGGAGAAGGAGAGGCCAAGGAGAGCAAGGCGACGGUCCGGGGCCUUCUGGAGAAGUCUUUGCCUGAGUCCGUCAAACGGCAGAUGUGCGAGCUACUGCAUUACUUCUGCGACUGCGAGCUGAAGCACCGCAUCGAAGCCAUCGUCUCCUUCUCCGACAACUUUGUGUCCAAGCUGCAGUACAACCAGAAAUUCCGCUACAAUGAGCUCAUGCUGGCGCUCAACAUGUCCGCCGCCGUCACGGCCAAGAAGACCAAAGAGUUCCGCUCACCUCCACAAGAGCAGAUCAACAUCCUGUUGAACUUCACCACAGGCAAUGACUGCCCCUGUCCUGAGGACCUGCAGGAAGAACUCAUUGCCUUCCAUGAAGAACUGCAGCUGCACUGUGGAAUCCCGGUGGAGGAGGACGAAGUAGAGCAGGACACAUCAAUUAAAGGUCGUCUCCUGGCCUUGCUGUACAAGAUCAAGGGUCCGCCUCAGAAGACUGAAGAGGAACCUGAAGAGAAAGAGCAAGCAUCCCCCACCAAUCUAAAGGAGCUUAUCUCCCAGACUAUAAGCACCUGGGCCCAGGAGACUCACAUGCAGGAUCCCGAGCUGGUCCGAGUAAUGUUCAGCUUGCUAAGGAGGCAGUAUGACGGCAUCGGGGAGCUUCUUCGGGCCAUGAAGAAGUCCUACACCAUCAGUGACGCGUCCGUGCAGGAUGCUAUUAACCUACUGGCCUCGCUGGGUCAGAUCAGGUCUCUGCUGUCUGUUCGCAUGGGCAUGGAGGAGGAAAAGCUGAUGAUUGAUGGACUGGGGGACAUUAUGAACAAUAAGGUUUUCUACCAGCAUCCAAACCUCAUGAGAGUUUUGGGCAUGCAUGAAACUGUCAUGCAGGUCAUGGUCAAUGUGCUAGGAGGAGACAAGUCUCAGGAAAUUGCCUUCCCCAAAAUGGUUGCAAGCUGUUGUCGCUUUUUGUGCUAUUUUUGCCGUAUUAGCCGCCAGAACCAGAAAGCCAUGUUUGAUCAUCUCAGCUACCUGCUGGAGAACAGCAGUGUUGGUCUGGCCUCUGAAGCGAUGCGGGGUUCCACGCCGCUGGAUGUUGCCGCAUCAUCAGUGAUGGACAACAACGGGCUUGCUUUGGCCCUGGAGGAACCAGAUCUAGAAAAGGUGGUGACGUACCUUGCAGGAUGUGGUCUUCAGAGUUGUGCCAUGCUGGUUGCCAAGGGUUACCCAGAUCUUGGGUGGAACCCCAUCGAAGGGGAGCGAUACCUGUCCUUCCUGAGGUUUGCAGUCUUCUGCAAUGGUGAGAGUGUCGAGGAAAACGCCAAUGUGGUGGUGAAGCUGCUGAUCCGACGUCCUGAGUGUUUCGGUCCUGCUCUGAGAGGAGAAGGGGGUCAGGGUCUUUUAGCGGCUAUGAAAGAAGCCAUCAAGAUAUCGAAGGAUCCUGCUCUAGACCUGCCCAAACCCUCAGCUGCCAUCACCACUGGAUCUGGUGAAGAAGAGGAGGAAAUAAUCCAUAUGGGCAACGCUAUCAUGUCCUUCUACUCUGCCCUCAUUGACCUGCUAGGUCGCUGUGCUCCAGAGAUGCAUCUCAUCAAUGAAGGUAAAGGUGAAGCGCUGCGUAUUCGAGCCAUUCUACGCUCGCUGGUGCCCACCACAGAUUUGGUUGGCGUCAUCAGCAUACCCCUCACAAAGCCUGUCGUGAAUAAAGAUGGCCAAGUGACCGAACCAGAUAUGUCAGCCUGUUUCUGUCCGGAUCACAAGGCCCCCAUGGUGCUCUUCCUGGACAGGGUGUACGGCAUCGAGGACCAAAGCUUUCUCCUCCAGCUGUUGGAGGUCGGCUUCCUGCCCGACCUCCAAACUGCUGCCUCUUUAGACACGGAAGUGCUUAGUACCACUGAGACGGCGUUAGCCAUGAACAGGUACAUCGGCUCAGCUCUGCUGCCUCUGCUGACCCGCUGCGCUGCCUUGUUCGCCAACUCGGAGCACUACGCCCAGCUGAUCGACGCCACCAUUCAAACCAUCUAUCGCCUCUCCAAAGGACGUUCACUCACCAAAGCACAGAGAGAUGUUAUUCAGGAGUGCCUGCUAACUAUCUGCAAGCAUCUGCGUCCCUCCAUGAUGCAGCAGCUGCUCAGACGCUUGGUGUUUGAUGUUCCCAUGCUCACGGAAUACUGCAGCAUCCCUCUAAGGCUGCUGACCAACCACUACGAACAGAACUGGAAGUAUUAUUGUCUGCCAUCUGGGAUGAACACCUUUGGCACAGCCUCAGAGGAGGAACUCCUUCUCACCAAGAAACUCUUCUGGGGAAUUUUUGACUCACUCUCUCAAAAGAAAUAUGAUGGUGAACUCUUCAAAAUGGCCAACUCCUGCCUUUGUGCCAUUGCUGGAGCCCUGCCACCUGACUUUGUGGAUGCCAGUUUAGGAACAACAUUGGAGAACCAAGCGUCCGUCGAUGCACAGGGAAACUUUGACCCCAAACCCAUCAAUACUGCCAAUAUCUCCUUACCUGAAAAACUUGAAUACAUUGCCAACAAAUAUGCAGAGCAUUCCCAUGACAAGUGGUCUUCAGAGAAGGUGUCAGCAGGGUGGAAACAUGGAGAUAGUAUGGAUGAACAUGCCAAAAAGCAUCCACUGCUAAAGCCUUACAAAUCUCUAAGCGAAAAGGAAAAAGAAACUUACCGAUGGCCGGCGAGGGAGUCGUUGAAGAGCAUGCUGGCCAUGGAUUGGAACAUUGAGAAGACCAAGGAGGGAGAAGCCUUGUUCCAACAACGGGAAAGUGAGAAACAGCGAAAGAUCUCAGAGACGCAGGUCAAUGGAUACACUCCUGCUCCAAUAGACCUGCACAAUUUCACGUUGUCCAGAGAGCUGCAGGGCAUGGUUGAGGUGAUUGCAGAAAAUUAUCACAACAUCUGGGCCAAGAAGAAGAAAAGUGAACUCAUGAGCAAAGGAGGAGGGAGCCACCCACUGCUGGUACCCUAUGAUACCCUGACUGCUAAAGAGAAGUACAGAGAUCGAGAGAAGGCCCAGGAGCUCUUCAAGUUCCUGCAGAUAAGCGGCUAUUCCAUAACAAGAGGUCUGAAAGACAUGGAGCAGGACUCUUCAUCCAUGGAGAAGCGUUUUGCCUACAAGUUUCUCAAGAGGCUGCUCAAAUGUGUCGACUCUGCGCAGGAGUUUAUCGCACACCUUGAGGCAAUGGCCACCAGCGGGAAGACUGACAAAUCACCUCAUGACCAAGAAAUCAAGUUCUUUGCUAAGGUGUUGCUCCCGCUGACGGAUCAGACUUUUAAGAACCACUGCCUCUACUUUUUGUCCACGCCUAGCAAGAACCUUAGCAGCUGCGGCUAUGCUUCCAACAAAGAAAAAGAGAUGGUCACAAGCCUUUUCUGUAAACUGGCAGCUCUUGUCAGACACAGGAUUUCUCUCUUUGGAAGUGACUCUUCAAUGAUGGUGAGCUGCCUUCAUAUUCUAACUCACUCACUUGACACCAGAACAGUGAUGAAGUCAGGUACAGAACUGGUCAAAGCAGGGUUUCGGACCUUCUUUGAUAAUGCAGCUGAAGACCUGGAGAAGCUUCUAGAGAUGCUCAAACUGGGGAAGUUCAUGCAGUCGCGUGCCCAGAUGAAGAGCGUCAGUCAGAGCAUUCACUACGUGACUGUUGCGCUUGUGCCUAUCCUCACUGCCGUAUUUGAUCACAUCAAAACACAUGAUUUUGGAGUGGACCUGCUGUUGGAUGACGUUCAGCUGUCCUGCUACCGAAUCCUUACUUGUUACUACUAUCUGGGUACAGGAAAGAACAUUUUUGUGGAAAGGUAUCUGCCAGCACUUGGUGAGAGCCUGGCCACUCUAGUGGGCGCCAUGCCUGUAGCUUUCCUGGAACCUCAUCUCAACACCCACAAUCCACUGUCCGUCUUCAACACCAAGACACCACGCGAGAGGGCCAUCUUAAGUAUGCCUGAUACGGUGGAGGAAAUGUGUCCGGAGAUGCCUCGUCUUGACAAGCUGCUUAAGGAUGUCAACGAUGUCUCGGAGACUGGUGCCCGCUACAAUGAGAUGCCGCAGGUGAUUGAAGUGAUCCUGCCCAUGCUGUGCAACUACCUGUCCUACUGGUGGGAAAAAGGUCCUGAAAACCCACCUGCGAGUGGCGAGUGCUGCACCAUGGUGACAUCAGAGCACCUCAGCAUCAUUCUCGGGAACAUUCUCAAGCUCCUCAACAACAACCUGGGCAUUGAGGAUGCCCCCUGGAUGAAGAGGAUUGCAGUCUACUCUCAGCCCAUCAUCAGUAAAGCAGAAGCUGGUCUGCUGAGAACCCACUUUUUACCAACACUUGAGAAACUGAAGAAGAAGACGGUGAAGGUUGUGUCUGAGGAGGAAUUAUUGAAGGCUGACAGCAAAAGUGACAAUCAGGAGGCAGAGCUUCUCAUCUUGGACGAGUUUGCCGUGCUCUGCCGAGACCUUUAUGCCUUCUACCCCAUGCUUAUUCGCUAUGUCGACAUCAACAGAUCGAGAUGGCUUAAGGAGCCUGAUACCGACUCCACUGAGCUCUUUCGAAUGGUGGCAGAUAUCUUCAUCCUCUGGUGCAAGUCGCAUAAUUUUAAACGCGAGGAGCAAAAUUUUGUCGUGCAGAAUGAGAUCAAUAAUUUGGGCUUGCUCACUGGAGAAGGCCAGGCAAAACUGUCCAAGUCUGGUGGCGACCAGGAGAGGAAGCACAAGCGUCGUCGUGGCGAGUACUACUCCAUCCACACCUCUUUGAUUGUGGCCGCGCUGAAGAAGAUGCUGCCCAUCGGCCUCAACAUGUGCACGCCAGGGGACCAGGAGCUCAUCUCCUUGGCUAAGACCCGUUACAGUUUGAAAGAUACUGAUGAUGAAGUGAAGGACUACUUGCGCCAGAACCUUCAUCUGCAGGACAAGUCUGAUGACCCGGCAGUCCAGUGGCAGCUGAACCUCUACAAAGAUAUCACCAUGAAGAGUGACGAGCCAGUUAACCCGGAACACACGGUGGAUCGGGUUCAGAGCAUCUCGGCCGCAGUUUUCCAUCUGGAACAGGUGGAGCAGCCUUUAAGAAAUAAAAAGUGUGCGUGGCAGAAGCUGCUGUCCAAACAACGUAAACGGGCUGUGGUGGCCUGCUUUCGAAUGGCCCCCCUUUAUAAUCUACCUAGGCAUCGUGCUAUCAACCUCUUCAUCCCGGCCUAUCAAAGAAUAUGGAUAGAGGCAGAGGAGUACUCCUUUGAGGAAAAGCUAGUUCAGGAUUUGGCAAAAACUCCCAUGAAAAUUGUGGAGGAGGAUGAAGAAGAGGUGGCUGAAGUCCAGCCAGAUCCUUUACACCAACUCAUCCUCCAUUUUAGCCACAACGCUCUAACGGAAAGAAGUCACUUAGAAGAAGAUCCUUUAUAUAUUGCAUAUGCUGACAUGAUGGCAAAGAGCUGUGCAGAGGAUGAGGAAGAAGAGGAUGAAGAAGAGAAAGAGAAGACGUUUGAGGAAAAGGAGAUGGAAAAACAGAAGAUUCUCUACCAGCAGGCUCGGCUUCACGCUCGCGGGGCGGCCGAGAUGGUGUUGCAGAUGAUUAGCGCUAGCAAAGGACACCUGGGCUCGAUGGUGACUUGUACCCUCAAACUCGGCAUUUCCAUCUUAAACGGAGGCAAUGUGCAAGUUCAGCAAAAAAUGCUCGAUUACUUGAAAGAGAAAAGAGACGCAAGCUUUUUUAAAAGCCUCUCAGGACUGAUGCAGUCGUGCAGUGUCCUGGACUUGAAUGCAUUUGAGAGACAGAAUAAGGCAGAGGGACUCGGCAUGGUGACAGAGGAAGGUUCAGUCCACACUGAGCGGGGUUCCAAGGUGUUACUGAAUGACGAGUUUACAAAAGAUCUGUUCCGGUUUUUGCAACUUCUUUGUGAGGGGCACAAUGGGGAGUUCCAGAACUUCCUGAGAACUCAAACUGGAAACACAACCACGGUCAACAUCAUUAUCAGCACUGUUGACUACUUGCUCCGCCUUCAGGAAUCGAUCAGUGACUUCUACUGGUACUACUCUGGCAAAGACAUCAUUGAUGAAACUGGCAAAGUUAAUUUCUCCAAAGCGUUAUCGGUGGCUAAGCAGAUAUUCAACUCCUUGACUGAAUAUAUCCAGGGCCCUUGUAUUGGGAACCAGCAGAGUCUUGCUCACAGCAGAUUGUGGGAUGCAGUGGUGGGCUUCUUGCAUGUUUUUGCCAACAUGCAGAUGAAACUGUCUCAGGAUGCCAGUCAGAUAGAACUGCUAAAGGAACUUAUGGAUUUGCAGAAAGACAUGGUUGUCAUGCUGCUGUCUCUGCUAGAAGGUAACGUUGUGAAUGGAACAAUCGGGAAGCAGAUGGUGGACACCCUGGUGGAGUCUUCGAACAACGUCGAGAUGAUCCUGAAAUUCUUUGAUAUGUUCCUCAAGCUGAAGGACUUAACAACGUCGGACAAUUUCAAGGAGUACGACCCCGAGUGCAAGGGAGUUAUCUCAAAGAAAGAGUUUCAGAAAUCCAUGGAGAGCCAAAAGCAGUACAGCCAAUCGGAGAUCGACUUCCUGCUUUCUUGCGCCGAGGCCGACGAGAACGACAUGUUCAACUACAAGGAAUUUGUGGAGCGAUUCCACGAACCAGCCAAAGACAUCGGCUUCAAUGUGGCCGUGUUGCUGACGAACCUUUCCGAGCACAUGCCGCACGAUCCCCGACUCGCCGCCUUCUUGGAUCUGGCCGAGAGUGUGCUGAGCUACUUCGAGCCCUACCUGGGGCGUAUCGAAAUCAACGGCAGUGCAAAACGCAUCGAGCGGGUGUACUUUGAGAUAAGCGAAUCCAGCCGAGAGCAAUGGGAGAAGCCUCAAGUCAAAGAGUCCAAGCGCCAGUUCAUUUUUGACGUGGUCAACGAGGGAGGCGAGAGUGAGAAGAUGGAGAUGUUUGUCAAUUUUUGUGAGGACACCAUUUUUGAGAUGCAACUAGCCUCGCAGAUCUCGGAACCUGAUGCUGUGGAGCAACAGGAGGAGGAGGAAGAGGAGGAGGGAUUCACCAUCCUGGAUGAAUUGGCUGGAGAAGACGGCUCCUCAGAAUCUGCCUCCGCUUUUACUUCUGCGUGUCGAUCAAUCGUGAAGAAGUUGCAUCACGCGCGCCAAAUUGUUUCCGUGAAAAAUAUCCGCAAGAAGCUCAGGAAACUCAAGAAGCUGAGCAUAAGGGAAAUAAUCACAUGCUGCUUCUCUUUCGUCUGGAUGCUCUUCACUGGCUUCUUCAAAGGAAUCGCUAGUCUCAUAUUUGGUUUCUUCCACGUCAUCUGGUCUUCCAUGUUCGGCGGCGGUUUGGUCGAAGGUGCCAAGAACAUCAAAGUGACAGAUAUCCUUGGAAAUAUGCCCGAUCCCACUCAAUUUGGCAUCCACGGAGAUACCGUUGAAGGAGAGAAAUUAGAGGCCGUAGAGUCUUCGGGAACCUCUGACGCAACUAUGGUUCCACCGGCAGACAUAGCUGAGGUUGACACGAUGCUGGACAUGCUGAACGUGCCCAAGAGGGAAGGCGGAAAACUUGUGGAGCACGGACUGGGGGAUGUCUCUGAACUCAAUAGUGAGACCUCCACCACAGACCCCAAGAAAACUGCUGCCAAGGCUGAUGAAUCUCCUGAGAGUGAACCUGAGAAAGCAGACACAGAGAACCAAGAGAAGGAAGAUCAAGCUAAGAAAGAGGAAGCCAAGGAGCCACCGGCUGAGGAGAAACCCAAAGCGAAAUCAAGUCGACCCAAAGAAGCUUCUCCUGCCUUCAUGUCCAAAGUCUUUUCCACGCUGGAUGUCUAUCUGACCAAAAUGCUGAAUUACCUGGCUCGCAACUUCUACAAUCUGCGUUUCCUGGCUCUGUUUGUCUGUUUCGCCAUCAACUUCAUUUUGCUCUUCUACAAGGUCACGGCAGAGGAAGAAGGAGACGAUGAGAAUCAUUGGGAGAAGGAUGACGAGGACACGCUCUUUGACAUGGAUGAGUUUGUUCUCCAAGAGAGCACGGGCUACAUGUUGCCAACCCUGCGUUUCCUGGCUAUAUUCCACACAGUCAUCUCCCUCGUGUGUUUGGUGGGAUACUACUGUCUGAAGGUUCCUUUGGUGGUGUUCAAGCGAGAGAAGGAGAUAGCCAGGAAGCUGGAGUUUGAUGGCUUGUACAUCACCGAGCAACCAUCUGAUGAGGAUAUUAAAGGCCAGUGGGAUCGACUGGUUAUCAACACCCCGUCUUUUCCAAAUAACUACUGGGACAAGUUCAUCAAACGCAAGGUGAUUAACAAAUACGGGGACUUAUAUGGAGCCGAGCGCAUCGCCGAGCUCUUAGGCCUGGAUAAGAGUGCUCUGGACUUUGACCCCACCGUGGAGACUGUCGAGAAGGAAGCUUCCCUGCUCUCCUGGCUCAGCUCAAUUGACACAAAAUAUCACAUUUGGAAAUUGGGAGUGGUUUUGACUGACAAUUCUUUCCUGUAUCUGAUCUGGUACACUAUUAUGUCCAUUUUUGGACACUUCAACAACUUCUUCUUUGCUGCCCACCUGCUGGACAUUGCCAUGGGCUUCAAGACUCUCCGGACCAUCCUGUCUUCAGUCACUCACAAUGGCAAGCAAUUGGUGCUGACAGUGGGUCUGCUGGCAGUGGUUGUGUAUCUCUACACAGUGGUAGCCUUCAACUUCUUCAGAAGGUUCUACAAUAAGAGCGAGGACGAAGACGAGCCGGACAUGAAGUGUGACGACAUGAUGACGUGCUAUCUCUUCCACAUGUACGUGGGUGUAAGAGCUGGGGGGGGUAUCGGUGAUGAGUUGGAGGACCCGGCUGGAGACCCUUACGAGCUCUACCGCAUCCUUUUUGACAUCACCUUCUUCUUCUUUGUCAUUGUCAUCUUGCUGGCCAUCAUUCAGGGUUUGAUCAUUGAUGCCUUUGGUGAGCUGAGAGACCAGCAGGAGCAAGUGAAGGAGGACAUGGAGACCAAAUGCUUCAUCUGUGGCAUCGGGAACGACUACUUUGAUCGGACGCCUCACGGUUUUGAAACUCACACCUUACAGGAGCACAACCUUGCAAACUACCUGUUCUUUCUGAUGUACCUGAUCAACAAGGAUGAGACAGAACACACAGGCCAGGAGUCGUAUGUGUGGAAGAUGUACCAGGAAAGAUGCUGGGACUUCUUCCCGACCGGAGACUGUUUCCGGAAGCAAUAUGAGGACCAGUUGGGCUAAAAGACGGCUGCCUUAAUCUGGUGAAUUUUUUUUUUUUUUCUCGAUCUGACACAGACUGUGAACUUCACUCUAGUUUACUGGAAAUCCUGCUGAUAAAUGUAGCAAAAAUAAAAAAGAUACUGAAUUUGGAUUGAUAGGAGGCAUCCAUAUUGGUACUAAAAUGCCAUGGUGCCUCUUAUAUGCAACGUUUUCUCACCUUUUCAUUUGCUCAGUCCGAAUUGUUUGAUGCAUGUGAAACUUGCUAUGGAAUAUUUCUUUUUGAUCACCACUGACAUAGAAAUGAAACUUCAUAUCUGCCUUUUAAAACCUGUUGUAAACAUGACUGGUCACUUUAUGAUACACUUUAAGUGCCUUUUGAGAAACUAUGCAAAAAGUUUGUCCCUCUUGACACACACAGCGAUUACACUUAUGCUAAUUUUGUGGCUUUUGUGUUAAAGAAAAAAAAAAGUAUAAAUGUUGUGUAAAUGUUGCUCAAUUUGUUUUAUUAAUCUGCCUGUCUGCAAUUGUUACCACCGUAGAAGAGCCAAACAGAAAACAAAAGAAAAAAAAAAAAA